AAAUUCUGUCAAAAUUUGUGUUUUUUCGUUUUGUUUUUCGUCACAAUUUUUUUUGGUCAAAAUGUUCAGAUGCACCUUGGAGGAGUUCAUGGCUCUUCUGGUCAUGGCUAUCGCGUUAUUAGCCCUACUGCACUGGGGCAUUCGUGUUGCAUUUGAGUCCAAAAUAUCGGGGACUACGAAAAACGAAAUAAAAAUGGGAGUAAACAUCCGAAGGAGAGAAGGCGUGUCUGCCAUGCAGCACGACCACAACAACGGUAGCAACAACAUCAUCAUGGGAAAUUCGCAAAAUCGGGCGGCGAGCGGCGAUGAGAAGUCACCGCCAGGUGGCGCCAGUCUGGUGCGGAUGGGAAUGCCAGGUGGCGGUAGCGCUGGCGGUGUGGGCGGAGCCCUUGCGGAUAGGAGGAACAGCCGAGUUCGCGUCCUCAGCCGUUUGAUGGGUCAGAAACGCAUUCGCGAGGCAUUCCUACACUCGCCAAAAAUGGGAUCGAGUCUGGAGGUCAAUUUGGAGGGCGGCGGCGGAGACGGAAGUGGCGAUUGGACCGCAGCGGAAACGGAAGUGGAGCAUGGACAAAUGGAUGCCAGCGCCGAACAAAUAGAUUUUCACGACGUGGUCAGUUUGGAUUACACCGACUCUUUAGAGUACCACAACUGCAGCAGCGACGACUGUUGCUAUGCCUCCAAUGAUACCCUAACUCAGCACCAGCAUCAGGAACUGCAGCAGCGACAGAGGCAACAUCAUCCUCACAAUCAUCAAACCCAUCAAAAGAAUCUCCAUUACCCCUACGAUCGGAGGUCGUUGUGCACAAGUUGUUCAAGCAAUGAUUCCCUAUUCACAGAUCCCGUGGACGAGCUGAUCAUAUCCAAGCAGUAUUUAAAUGCAGCUAAGACCGAUCUAAAUCAAAAGUCGAAGCGCGAUCGUCCACUGAGCGAAAUAAGUGUGACUUCGGUGGACACCCUUUCCCCGAACACCGCGAAGGCAGUCCUCGAACUGCAGAAGCGCUGCCGAGCAGAUAAGUUGGCCUGCCUGAGCCUAACUCGAGUCACCUACCUCAGCAUAGCCAAUGAUCCUCAGGGAGUCGAGGAGGUGGACCAGGCUGCAUUGCUCAAUACCGGUCUUUUGGUAGCGCCAAAUAGCCCAGCGGAGAGUUCGCCGGACGAAGAACUCAUGGCCCUGCAGUUGGGCAAGAAGCUGGCCCAAGUCUUGGGCAGUGGAUCGGGAACCCCUUUGACCCCGGGAAACAUGGAAUCGGGACCUCGCGUUGAUUCACCCCUGGGCAAUGGGGAACUCUUCAACGUGUCCAAGGCCAAGAAGGUCGAGCUGCAGAACCUGUCCUCCCGAUUUACAGCCGCCGUCAGCCAAACGCCGCCAGGAGCUUCCUCAUUAACACCAAAUGAAACAGGAGCUUCAGGACUCACAGGACCUUCGGGACAUUCAGGACUUUCGGGAGCAGGAGCUACAACAUCCUCGUCGUCGCUGGAAACGCAAUCAACUGUUAUAAUUUCGUUUAAAUCAUCUCAAACACCUGUGCAGUCUCAAACGAAUUCUGCAGCCUCCGACAAUGUUGAGGAUGACACGGCACCCCUGCCACUCCCACCGCCGCCACCCGGCUUCGGCACGCCCACCACGCCCCUUUUGUCGAGCAAUGUGCUGAAGAAGGUCGCCAGCUUCACGGUCGAGAAGUCUUCGGCGGGCAAUAAUAGCUCCAAUCCCCCGAUUUCCAGCCCCGCCAAUGAUGAGGCCACCCUCCUGGCCACUCCAGUCUCUUCGGCGCUGCUGAUGGCAACCCUGCCGCCCGAAAUCGCCGUGGGAGUAGCAGGGGGCGUGGCCGGGGGAGCUGGUUCGCGACGCGGCUCAUCUUAUGUACCGGAAAAGUUAAGCUUCGCUGCAUAUGAAAAGUUCGAAGGUCAAAUGCUGAUGAAAUGGCUAAUCUCAACGAUGCAGAGCAACCCGAAGAGUUCCUACAGCGACGCCAACCAGGAAUUAUUCAAUACUCUAGCUCUGCAGUUCUGCAACAAUCUCAAAUAUGUCGGCGUCCUCAAGCAGAUCUCCAACGAGCACUUGGAUUGCGGAUUUAGCCCCUAUGAGAUGUACCAAUGGACGCACACGGAGCAGCCGACGACUUCGCUGCCUUUGACCCCCGGAAAACUGGAUAAGGUGGCGGCUUGGCCAUUUUCCAGCACACCAUCAGGAACUCGAGCCCUGGACUCGGCUUCCUUGGGAUGCCUGGGAGCAGGUGCAAUUGGAGGAUCACUGGCAACGAUUGCCACUGGGUCCACUGCAACGUCGGAUAAUCAGAAAACCCUGCAGCAGAUCCUCAAGAAGCGUCUCCUCAACUGCUCAACCUUAGCCGAAGUUCAUGCGGUUGUAAAUGAGCUGCUGAGCAGUGUGGACGAACCACCGCGUCGUCCUUCGAAGAGAUGUGUGAAUCUCACGGACCUGUUAAAUGCCAGUGAGGCAACAGUUUAUGAAUACAACAAAUCGGGAGUGGAGGGUGGCUUAAGGAGCUUCGCGGAUGCGGAAACUCAAACGGAAAAUGAGAAGAUGGAUUGCGAGGGAGCAUGCAAAUGCGGUCAAUCCUUGAAGGAAAUUUCCGAUGAGGAACACUCAAAGCAAAAUGAGGAAAAUAAGGAAAAGGCACCUGCCCUUGCUCCACCUCCCCCUCCGCCUCCUCCACCGCCACCCGCCUUUGGAGCACCUCCACCACCUCCUCUUCCACCCCUAGCUAAAACUGGGGCACCACCACCUCCGCCACCUCCUCCUCCUGUCAGUGGUGCUGGUCCACCUCCUCCUCCACCCGCUCCCGUCGAUGGAGGCGGUGCAAUACCUCCUCCUCCGCCACCCAUGAAUGCGUCCGCCUCAAAGACGCCGAUCUCACCCGCCCCACUUCCUGAUCCCGCCGAAGGCAAUUGGUUCCAUCGCACAAAUACGAUGCGAAAAAGCGCCGUUAACCCGCCGAAGCCGAUGCGCCCUUUAUAUUGGACGCGGAUCGUCACGAGUGCCCCGCCUGCGCCUCGCCCCCCAUCGGUGGCUAAUUCCACGGACAGUACUGAAAACAGCGGAAGUUCCCCGGACGAACCUCCGGCUGCAAACGGCGGAGAAUCCCCGCCCGCUGCACCACCUACAAAGGAAAUUUGGACGGAAAUCGAGGAGACCCCGCUGGAUAAUAUCGAUGAGUUUACGGAGCUGUUUUCCCGCCAAGCAAUGGCUCCCGUUAGCAAGCCCAAGGCUAAAGUCAAGCGAGCCAAGUCCAUCAAAGUCCUUGACCCGGAGAGAUCCCGAAAUGUGGGCAUUAUCUGGAGGAGUCUGCAUGUGCCGUCCAGCGAAAUCGAGCAUGCUAUAUACCAUAUAGACACAUCGGUAGUCAGCUUGGAGGCCCUACAGCACAUGAGCAACAUCCAGGCGACGGAGGAUGAGUUGCAGAGGAUCAAAGAGGCAGCAGGCGGGGAUAUUCCCCUCGAUCAUCCCGAGCAAUUUCUCCUGGAUAUCUCUUUGAUAUCCAUGGCCAGCGAGAGAAUCUCCUGUAUUGUCUUCCAAGCGGAGUUCGAAGAGUCCGUAACUUUGUUGGUUCGAAAGCUGGAAACUCUAUCCCAGCUUUCGCAGCAACUGAUCGAAAGCGAGGAUCUGAAGCUGGUCUUCUCCAUAAUUCUUACCCUGGGAAACUAUAUGAACGGCGGAAAUCGACAGCGGGGACAAGCCGAUGGCUUCAAUCUGGAUAUUUUGGGAAAGCUCAAGGAUGUCAAGUCAAAGGAAUCGCACACCACCCUGCUCCAUUUCAUAGUUCGCACCUAUAUCGCGCAUCGGAGAAAGGAGGGAGUGCAUCCUCUGGAGAUCCGACUGCCUAUUCCAGAACCAGCGGAUGUAGAAAGAGCUGCCCAAAUGGAUUUCGAGGAGGUGCAGCAGCAGAUCUUUGAUCUCAAUAAGAAGUUUUUGGGUUGUAAGAGAACCACCGCCAAAGUUUUGUCUGCUUCCCGCCCGGAAAUCAUGGAGCCGUUCAAGUCUAAAAUGGAGGAGUUCAUGGAGGGAGCGGACAAGUCGAUGGCCAAGCUCCACCAAUCUCUCGAGGAGUGUCGCGAGUUGUUCUUGGAGACAAUGAGGUUUUAUCACUUUUCGCCCAAGGCCUGCACCCUGACCUUGGCCCAGUGUACACCCGAUCAGUUUUUCGAGUACUGGACUAACUUCACCAAUGACUUCAAGGAUAUUUGGAAGAAGGAGAUUACCAGUCUCUUGAAUGAACUGAUGAAGAAAUCGAAGCAGGCCCAAAUUGAGUCCCGUCGCAACGUAUCCACCAAGGUGGAAAAGUCCGGACGGAUUUCUCUGAAGGAGCGCAUGCUGUUGAGGCGCAGCAAAAACUAGUUAGUUAGCUAUAAACAACACCCCUAUAAUAUAUUUUUUAUUUCUAGUUGCUUUUUAUUACACUAUUGCUAAGCAAAUUCUCGUUACAUGGAUUCAUUCUCCACUAAUUGUUAGGUUACACAAUUGUAUAAAAACUUUAAACGCAGGCGUGGCUCUAAAAAUAAAAUGUCCUUGCUAUUGUGAUCAUAA